GUAACUCCUUUCUCUCUCUCAACAAACUCUACAAUUUCAAUCUUCACUCUAAAAUUCUCACACACAACAACCAUUUUUCAUCUGAAAAAAUUCACAAUCACAAAGCUUAGAAUUAUCAAACAAAGUCAAAGAAAAAUGGAAUCAUCGACGAGCAAUUUGAUGUUAACGAUGAAAGUUCUGUUAAUUUCAAUCGGAGCGAUUUCUUCAGUCAUUGCAAUUAAAUCCUCUGUUCCAUUGAUUUUAUAUGAAUUUCCUACGAUUUGGAUCGGUUUGAUUUCAUGGCUGAAGCCGCCGUACCUUUACGUUUUACUCAACGGUAUAAUCAUCAUCAUCGCCGCUACGUCUCGAUCAAACAGUAAGGAACAACAUUCCGGCGAGCAAUCGCAGUCGUUAAUUUCUGCCGGAACGCCUCCGGUGCCGGAAAAUUUGGUAGCGAUUUCCAGAUCUAAAAUAUCGGAGUACGCGCCUGAACUGAUAGAUGAACUGCCGGAGGAGGUUUUUGAAGUCAAAUACGCGUCCUCAACCUUUCAACACUUCGACUAUCAAUCGGAGCCGUUAAUUUAUUCCGGAACGCCUCCGGUGCACUCAGAUUUGGUAGCAAUUUCCAGAUCUAAGUUGUCUGAGUACGCGACUGAACCGGAGGUGUUUGAAGAGAAGACUGAACCGGUAAUUGAACCGCCAGGGGUGGUUGAAGUCAAGUCUGUGGUGGCUGUGAUGAAUGAAGACGAAGGUGAAAAUGAUGAAUUUGUUAUUUCGAAUUCGGUUUUUAAGCCGUUGCCUGAAGUCGAAACCGAGCUAAUUCAACAGCUAGCGACUGAGAAACCUCUGGUUUCUUCCAGGUUCAGUCACCGGAAACCGCUGAUGAGGACGAGUCCUGAAGGGGUGAAAUCACUGAAGGUAGCAAGAGUAAAGAGGCAAGAGACAUUAGAGAGCACAUGGAAGAAGAUAACAGAAGGGCGUCACGUGCCUCUCACGAGACACCUGAACAAGUUAGACAUAUGGCAACAUCAGAAUCAAAACCGGGGAAAUGAAUCCCCGGUUCAAAACAUGAAAAAAGCACUUGAACCGUCACCGAGUCAGGACGAGCUGAACCGGAGAGUCGAAGCAUUCAUAAAAAAAUUCAAUGAAGAAAUGAGAUUACAAAGAGAACAGUCAUUACAAAAAUACAUGGAGAUGAUUAAUCGUGGAGUUUAAGUUAGUUAAGCAAUUUAUACUUUUUUAAUAUUUUUUUUCAACAAAAGAAAGAUUUAUUUUUUAUUUUUUGUGAAUGUAUAUAUAUAAUAGGGGGGAAAAUAGUGCAAAUAGGAGCUAAAGUUUGUGAAUAUAGUAUUAUAAAAUGUCCUUAUUGAAGAGUACUAUUAAACUUGGGAUAAAUGAAAACUCAAAUAAUAAUUAGAUUUUGGAAGGA